UCGCGCAGCGCCGGCAGCCGCAGGGGAGCCGAGCCCCGGAGCAGCGGCACCCACUGCGGGAGGGCGGCGACCGCGGCCGGGGCCACCUCGGGAGGCGACAUGGCCGAGUUCCCGUCGAAAGUGAGCACGCGGACCAGCAGCCCCGCGCAGGGCGCUGGCGCCUCGGUCUCGGCGCUGCGCCCGGAUCUGGGCUUCGUGCGCUCCAUCCUCGGGGUGCUCAUGCUGCUGCAGCUGGUGCUGGGGCUGCUGGUGUGGGCCCUGAUUGCCGACACCCCGUACCACCUGUACCCGGCCUACGGCUGGGUGAUGUUCGUCGCUGUCUUCCUCUGGCUGGUGACAAUCGUCUUCUUCGUCCUCUACCUGUUUCAGCUGCACCUGAAGUUGUACAUGGUGCCCUGGCCACUCGUGUUAAUGAUCUUCAACGUGACUGCCACCGUUCUCUAUGUCACYGCCUUCAUCACCUGCUCUGCAGCAGUUGACCAGACUUCCUUGAAGGGCUCCCGGCCAUACAACCAGCGUGCAGCUGCCUCUUUCUUUGCCAGUCUGGUGAUGAUCGCCUACGGAGCCAGCGCCUUCUUCAGCUUCCAGGCCUGGCGAGGAGUGGGCAGCAACGCAGCUACCAGUCAGGUGGCUGGUGGCUACGCCUAGACCCUUGUGCCUUGGCCUGCCCUGGCUGGCAGAGCUGCCGCUGGGUCGCAGUACAGGGCCAUCAGCAGACCUGAGCCUGGAGCCCUGCGCGAGUCGCCUGGUGGGGCUGUGCUAGCCGCUCUCCCUGCCCAGGGACCAAGUGCUCCCAGCACUCCUAGGGAACAGGCCCUCGUUGACAUGUGGCUGGCAAGAGCCCACGGCUGAGCUCCUCCCCAUCCCCCUUAUUCAGCAGAAGGUGACGGGGGAUGAGGGGCUCUCGCUGUCUCGCCUUGUCUUCGGAGGACUUCAGCGUGCGAGGCCAGCUGGGCCCACCCUGCACACCAGCACUAACUGCACUAACAGGCUCCAGCCCGGUGGCCCGCGGCGCCAUAGCUGUAAGCUAACAAGCCACACCUGUGAGCAAGCCCAAGAGCCGUUCUGACUCCUUAAAACACAAUUCUGAUCCCCUUCCCCAAGCCAACAUGUCACCUGUUGGGAGACAUAGGAAGAGCUGAUUCCAGGCGUCCUGGUUAUUCAACGCAAAUAGGUUCCAGGCGAUUUCUUGAUGACAAACCUCUCCAGGSGCCCUCCCUGGCCCAAGCCCUCCCUUUGGGAAAAGCUGACACCCUGUGACCACUUCCCCCCACGCUGUUGAUUAGGCACAUGGGACAUGGCAGAGGGAGGGAAGUAGGACCUCACCUGCAGAGUCGUCAUGUGGUUG